AUCCCACGUGUGACGCUUUCAUUCCCGGCUCAGUAAUAUUCUCAUAGCGGGGCUUUGCAUAUCUCCUGCCGUAUCUGUGCGUGUCUGUCACUGUUACUGUAGUCCCAGCCUAUAGUUUGGAAUAGAUAUGGAAGGAGACGGGAGUCAAGCCACAUCCGGAAGCCUAAAUGAUUCACAACAUGACCCGGGUAAAAUGUUUAUCGGUGGCCUCAGCUGGCAAACCUCACCAGACAGCCUUAGAGACUAUUUUAGUAAAUUCGGAGAAAUAAGAGAAUGUAUGGUGAUGAGAGACCCCACGACAAAACGUUCAAGAGGAUUUGGGUUUGUUACAUUUACAGAUGCUGCCAGUGUAGAUAAAGUCUUAGCUCAACAACACCACGAAUUAGACUCAAAGACGAUUGAUCCUAAGGUUGCCUUUCCCCGUCGCGCCCAGCCUAAGAUGGUCACAAGAACAAAGAAAAUAUUUGUGGGUGGCUUGUCAGCCAAUACAGUAGUGGAAGACGUGAAGCAGUAUUUUGAACAGUUUGGGAAGGUUGAUGAUGCCAUGCUUAUGUUUGAUAAGACUACUAACAGACAUAGAGGAUUUGGUUUCAUAACAUUUGACAGUGAAGACAUCGUAGAGAAAGUCUGUGAAAUUCAUUUUCAUGAAAUCAAUAACAAAAUGGUAGAAUGUAAGAAGGCCCAGCCCAAGGAGGUGAUGUUCCCACCAGGUACACGGGGGCGAGCCAGGGGUCUGCCCUACACCAUGGAUGCCUUCAUGCUGGGGAUGGGCAUGCUAAGUUACCCUAAUAUUGUGGCAACGUAUGGUCGUGGAUACACUGGAUUCGCGCCCAGCUACAGCUACCAGUUCCCUGGCUUCCCAGCGACAGCAUAUGGACCGGUGGCGGCGGCGGCAGUAGCGGCAGCGCGUGGCUCAGGUAGGGGGGCCCGUGGAAGAGGCGGCUACUUGGCGUACCCACAGAGCACAGGGCCAGGCCUCCCCGAUUAUGGGUUUUACUCUGCGCCCAGUGACCAGAGGGGGGGGCCCUGCUCCUUUGCUGACUAUGGCUCCCUGGGGCCCCAAGCGGCUCAGAUGCUGCACAGUGAGCAUGCCACCUCCGCCUGCAACUCCCCCCUACAGCACCUACACAGCCCGGAUCAAUUUAAGAACCCAGGUGCCAACCCGUCAAGGCCCGGAGGUUUCCCCGGCGCUAAUAGUCCAGGGCCUGUGGCUGACCUAUAUGGACCUAGCAGCCAGGAUUCAGCUGUGGGCAACUACAUCAGUGCUGCUAGCCCUCAGCCUGGCUCUGGCUUUGGCCCCAGCAUCACAGGCCCGUUGAUUGCGACAGCUUUUACAAAUGGAUACCAUUGAACAGGUGGCCGGUUGCCAUCUCAUCAGAGCAGAGUAUAUCUGGUGGCCCAGGAAAGACAGGACGAAGUUUCUAAUUGGCUUUGUGUGCAGGUGAUGCUAAUCCAACUUCAAGCACUACAGCGUCACCCCGGCAAAACGAACGAAAGUCGGAACCAUAUGAAGAAGAAAAGAAAAUGUUUAUCAUCUCAGAAAAAUAACAACUGCUGUACUAUACUCCAAACCUCCUAUAACUUUACAACCUGGUUUGGUAUGAUGUUUCACGUCGAGUUCAUUCACCUACUUUCUUCCUCUGUUAGCUUUUCUUUUGAUUAGCUUUGAGAGAGUCGUUUUAGUUGAACCUUUAAUUUUGUGUCGUUUUUAUUUUAUCUUCUGGUAUUGUUGUGUAAAUCUUUUUUUUUUUUUUUUUGCUUUUUUUCGUUUGAAGUAUGGCGGUCAUAGCCAAGAAUAUCUUCAAAGUCACGUCUUCAUCUUUGUACUGGUGAGUCUAAAAGGAAAAAAGCUCGGGAUGUUUCAUUCAGUCUUUCUGCAAAAAAAAGAAAAGAAAGAAAACACAAGAAAAAAAAAAGACAAGCUCAGUGCAGAAAGACUCGGAGAAGAAAAAAAAACAUUUUAAGGAAAUUUUAAAGAAGGUAUCUAAGUAAUAAAUCUUAGUAGCUGUUUUAUUUCUUGUGAUGUCUCAUUGUUAACCAUAAUUACCUAUUUUUGGGCAAUACAAAGAGGACUCCAAUAUUUUUAUGGUCCUUUUUUAUAAGUGUUGUUUUUGUUGUUUAGAAAUAUAUAUAUAUGCUAUAACAAAUUUCAUAUAACUACAUUGUGAAUUCAAACUUGAGAAAAAGAAAUGUAGCUGUACAUAUUAUUCCAGUCACUGCAUAUAACCAACUCAGUGAGAGAAUAGCAUAUUUUUGUGAUGGUGUGUCAAAAGAACAUGUUAUAGCGUGUGAAUAGAAGACAAAGCUGUAAACAGUUAUUAUUCUACUUUUUUUUUUUUCUGCUGGAAGACGGUAUAACAACCCCACACGGAAACAAACACACGAACACACACACGCCUAGCACACACACACUUGCUCUGUAAAUACUGAAGCUGAAUAAUUUUACAAGUGUCAUACCAGCAAAAUUUACAAGCGGUGAGUCAACACAGUUUUGGAGAAAUAAUAAUAAUAAUAAUUUAAAAAAAAUAAAGAGCCUGAUUGGUAUCUUUUUGUCUAACUGUUACAGUAUCAGUAUCAUUUCAAAGAGAAAGUUUAAAAGAAAAAAAAAGAUGAUUAAAUCCAAAGCACACUGUACUUAGAUGUGAAGAUUAGAACUUGAAGCAGGCUCUGCGCAUCCUGACACUUUUCUACUCUUGAGAGGAACUUGUUAGCUGCAAUGUUGAUGUUUGUUUCAUCCUGCACGUUCCCGAUUAGUUCUUUUUCUUUUUCUUUCCUUUGGAACACAACACCUGGGCUCUGUGCUCGAGUCUUUAUGUAACGCUCAUUGUCCGACUCAGAUCUUUUUCUUUCUUUUUUUUUUGAGUGAAUUAGGAAAGUAAACGUUUUGAUACCAUACCUCAGCCUUCCUGAGUUCUCUUAUGGAAUCAUUGGCAGGUUUUUUAAUUUAUUCUAGUGGCAAAACAAAUGAAAACACUGAAAGAUAAUUAAGCAAGUAAUCAUUGCACUGUGAGUUGUAAAGUACAGGCCAUUUUUUUCUAUUUGCACAUGUAUAUGUUGGCUUUUUUUAAAAAAAAAAAAGAAAAAGGAAACUGCCCUGUGCUUUGGGAUAGCAUGAAGGAUUUCGGAGCUAGUGUGUUCUCGACUAGAAAAAACACUUGAGCGUUUUGAGGCGAGUUCACAGCGUGGGAAGUAGUAACUGGUUAUGUUGCUGUGUACACUUGGAUUUCUUUAUAGAGUAGACCCAUGUCUCAUCUGACGAUAUUUAAUACGGGGUCAAAAGAUGACACUGAAUAAUUCACUAUCUACCACUGCACCGGGUUUUCCGCAGUACGUGUGGUCGAUGGUUUUACUCGUGAUGAUGAUUUAUUAAUAAUAAUCAUAAUAAUAAUAGGCUCCAGUAUGCGUUCAAGUUUUGAAAUUCGAUGCCGCCGCAGAUGCGUUUGCUGUUUUCCUUUUACCCGCGUCUCGUCUCGUCUCAUUUCUUUUCCUUUUAAAACAACCAGGUAAAGAACUAUGCUGGAUUACUUUUAAAGUAAACGAUACGGAGGUGUGAUCGAGUAAUAAUUUAAACAGUCAAGAGAAGAAGAAGAAAAAAAACAACUUGUAAUGUUCAAAUGUAAAAGAAAAUAAGAAACACAAAACUAUAAAAAAAAAAAAGAUGCUUCUUUGCUGAUUUCAAGUUUAAUCAGAGUUUUAUUGAUACUUUGUGGUUUAUAUAUUAAUAAUUGUAAUAUACUAUUAAAAUGUACUGUGCAUCCAUUACUUUCUCUCUUUCCAUUCCCCAUCCUCAGAGAUCCUACGAUAUUUUGUUGCUCAUUCAUGUACUUCAUUAGUGUGUAAAGAAAUCACAGUUAACUUGUAAACAGAGUGCUGUCUUUGAUACCAGUGUAGUGCUCUUUGUUGUUCUCCCUUGCUCUACCUCUCCUUUCUCUCAUAUUUAUCCCUCUCCCUCUUGCGCUCUUUUUCUAUCUCCUGUAAUUACAAAGUAGAUGUUAUAGAGGACUCAUUAAUAUAAUACUUGUAGUGAAUAGUGGAUUUAGGACCAGUCGAGAUAUACCUUUCUCUCAACGAUCAUGUUAUUCUGGUAUUUGCAGACAGUUAUUUUGUUAGAGGUUCAUUGUAAUUUUUCCCUGUAUGUUUUUUUUCUUUUUCUUUUUUCUUUUGGUUUGGUUUUGCCACUCUCACAUGGUUUCAGCUAACCAAAGCUCUCAUGGAUGAACAAUAGAGAAAUAGUUGCUGUAAGAUGGAAUUGUACACAAGGCAUUAUUUGGAUCCCCACCCUUGAAUGUUUUUAAAGGGGUGUGCCAUACUACCUUAAAUGCUAAUGCUAGAUAUGCAAAACUUUUGUGUUUGAUUGUUUCUUUCCUUUUUUUUUUUUCAAGAGGGACACAAGCUGAAAUCACGGGAAAAAAAAAAACAAUUUUUACUUAAGAUAUUUCAUAUUUUUUUAAGAGACAUGCGAGUUAUUACCACAUACGUCAUCAGUCACAGAGCUGUUUAAAGAGCCUCUUCUAUCUUUUAAUGUUUGUACACUUUGCAGAUAUCCCAGGCUCCUCUGGUGUCAUUUUUUUUAGAUGAUACAGUUUUUGAGCUCUUAUUUAUUUGGGAACUGUUAAUGACUUUUUUUAAAAUCUUAUUUGAAUCUGUUAACAGUGUUUCUGACACUACAGAGGCAUUACUGACACACACAGAGAAACACUGCAAAUACUGAACAGAGAACCAUUAGAGGAAUAUCAGCAGGUGCUGAGGGGUGUCGAGUUUGUCACGUCUGAUUAAUAGACAGUUAAAUUCCUGUCCAGAGUUGGACCUGCAACCUGAAGCUGUGAUGCAUUGCCAAGCUAGAAUAGAUUAUUAUUAACAACCGUGUCAAAGGAUGCCUGGACUUAACAUGUUUAGAUUUACACGAGCAAAAACAAACUUAUUAAAACAAUGGGAUUGCUGCUGAAGCCGCUGCUUGGACCCCUAAUACAGCCAGUGCAGUUGAGCCUUUUUGAGCAUAAUCUCUGUUUGCUAAUUUACUGGCUCUUUAAAUUAACGGUUAGUAUUACCCUGUUGUUAAUAAGUUAACAUUAGUGCGCUCUUUCUUCCUAACCAGUCUGCACACAGCACAUAGAGUACACAGCAGCUUUGUCAGUGAUGCUAAUAAGUUAUCUUGUUUUGCCUUUUUUCUAAAGUAAAUGAUGAAAGUAAAUGAUCUUUACUUUACUUUCUGAAAGUAAAAUUGUUCUUUUUUAAAAAUUAAAAUUAGGCAGCGGCCAACUAUCGCAUACGUCAGUAUCUUAGCGAGGUAGAGUGAUCACUCACUUUAGAAAAAUGCAGUAUUUGUGGAAAAGGUUUUAUUGUUUGAAAUAUAAAUGUAUUAAUAGCAGAAGAACAAUAACUCAACACAGUUUGGUUAUAAUUUAAUUCUCAAAGUAAUAAAGAAAUUCCUCCUGUUCAUUAAAAUAUUUUAAUUGUAUAAUUAACUCAAACGCAACCCAGUCGCGUUCCAGUUUUCUUGGCGUUUUUUCCAAACAGCAUAUACCGGAGCAGCAAGCACACACUACACUGUGCUGUCGCGGUGCCUGUCUUAGUCUUAGUCUAUAAUUAACCCUUUUUCACUGGAAAGAAGGCUUGAAAUGGCUUGUUUUCCCUCACACAAUAUCAAAAUUGACUCUUCUAUUGUUUUGUGAUCCUGUAGCUUGGACUUUAAGGUAGCAUGGCUCUGUUGCUGUAAUUUCAUUUUAUCUCAAACUGACAGCAGUUUACAGCUGAUGAAUGUUACACAUCUUAGUAGACUAGCUUAUCCAUUUGGGGAGAGGGGAGGGGACUUGGUUUAAGAAAAAAAAAAUAAUCAAAAAAGAAAAAAAGUCAACCUGGAAGGUGUUGACAUUUGUAGUGUACUACCGUAUCCAUUUAAACUUGAAUCUCGAGGCAAGUGCUAGGCAAUGGCCAAACAACCCCAUCAGUUCGAGGUGGGGGUGGGGGGGGAUCCCACCCUGAAACCGUACACACUUAUGGGAUUUCUGUCAUCCUGGGUUCACAAGCGUUUUCUGAAUAUGAACAAAAGUUUCCUAAAAGCUGGAACACCAGGCUUUACAGGCUCCAUUUCCAAUGAAUCAGACAGACUUUGAAGGCUCAUUGAUUGUUCUUGAGCAUUUUUAUCCAAAAAGAGGCUUACUCAUAGUGGUGCUAAUGGUUUUUUUGAAAAAGCAAAAAACCAGACAGUGUGCCCUUAUCUCUGAGAGAUACUGGAUACCGUCACAGUGAACACAAAGUUAGCCAGUUCACAAAGUGACUCUCGCUAACAACGCUAUUUAACGUUUUUUUGGCUCGAUAUAUCAAAGAUCAGUUCAUGUUCACAAAUCUGGACUGAACUCUUCAAGGUGACGGAAAUGGCACAAGUUUGCCUGUACUACUGUGUUUUUGGGGUGAACUUCCCCUCCAGUCCAAACCAUUGCCAUCUCACGCCAUGCUCAUCGCCAAAUAUAUACAUAUAAUUGCAAUAUAUAUGUAUAUAGAUGAAUAUAUAUACUUGCAAUUCACGCUCAUUUGAACUGAAUAAUAUUAGACUGGAGACCUCAGCUGUAUACAGAAUAAUCCUCGUCACACAGCCACGCCCAGGUUCAUUUAGUCCACUCAUCAUUAUUGGUUCGCCAUCAUGCGAGUUCUCCCCCGGCGUGUUGUCGAGGUUGGAGUGGACCGCACGGCCACGCGGGGUGUCCAGAGGCUCUUCAGACUGCACGGCCUGCAAUGUGAGGCUCUGCCGUGUCUCCGCAGGCUGAGCGCAGAGCUCUCUCCACCGCUGUCUGCCCAUUCCUAACACUUGCCCCUUUUUUUUAUGUUAACCGACUUUUUAUGGCGAGAGACAGACAGACUUGACUGACAUCUGAAAGCAUCUUUCAGGUUAUCAUAUGGCUUGCUCAAGCCCUGUUGUAAAAUAUACUAAAAUAAUAAUGAUAAUAAUAAUGGAUGGGGGUCUCUCACAUAUCAAAUGUGGAAAGUCUAAUUUUAUAUUUGUAUUUUCAAAUAAUAAUAUUGACAAAAAAAUGUCUGUGAAAGGUUUCCAUCCUCUACUGUGGUCCAGAAAUCGAUGUGUCUGUCUGGAAAAUAAAUAAAAUAAACUGAAUUGUUAUAUGACUUCUU